AUGAGUGGAGAAGUAUUAAUUUGUUACAUUUACUUAUUAUUAUACGCUUAAUAAAUAUGGCAUGUUUAGUCUAUAUAUUUUUCUCGUUUACGGCUGCGGAUUACGUAAUUUGUUGAUCCUCGUCAUAGAAUUAUUUACCACGAAACAUGAAAAAAUCAUACGUAAGAACGUUUCUCCGAUGGUGAUCGUUAAAGAGUUGCUGUCUACACCGAAAAGUUAUUCUGUUUGUAGGUGUGUGCCUACCUACAUACUGCUGCAGGUUAUGCGAGGAGGCUGUUAAAAGUAUGUCGUCGUACCACGGGUCGAGCUCUGCCAGCGGCGCGUGGGACGGCGGACCGCCCGGGGCUGAGGCGGAGUACACGCCCGCUGCCCCGCCAUAUCCCGCGCCCCGCGCGCUGCCUAGCACCGACCCCUGGACCGGCGUCAGCUACAGCCAGUACGCCGCUCCCAGCUACGAGUACUCGCAAUACGCCGCUUCCUACCCUGGUUACAGCUAUGACUGUAGUUACUAUCCACGAGCUGACGGCGCUUAUUACGACUCCCGAGCAUAUCCGCCACCGCCGACACAGCCCCAAGGCUACAACUACCCGCCUGCCGGUGGGUCACGGUCGCCGCCCCCUGCUCGCAGCUACGCUCACUCGAGAUCAUAUAAAUCUAAGUCUCGAAGUGUGUCCCCACAUUUGAGAAAAGAACGAGAUUAUUCAAGAAAUAGAGAUAGUAGCUAUGAGGAUACUGAGAGACGUGGACGAUCCAGAAGCCGUUCUGCUAAGUCCAAACGCACAAAAUAUUCUUCCAGUGACAGAUCGAGUUCUAGAUCUCGUUCCUACUCUCGAUCUCCAUUGAAGAAAGGAAAGAAGAGACUGUCUUCUUCAGAGUCUUCAAAAUCUGAUAAAUCAUACAAGCGAAAGAACAAAAAAGUCAGAAGUCGGGAUAGUUCGAUGACUCCGCCUUUAAAUGCUAGAAAAAGCAGAAGUGCUUCACGGUUGCACAGUCAUUCUAAAACACCAAGUAUUAGCAGAUCAAAUAGUAAAUCCCCUACGCCUAAACCUGACAGAAAGAAAGUUAGCAAAGACAGAAAAGCCUAUUCUAGUAAAGAUGUCAAAACAAAAGAUCACAGAAUAGACAGUCCACCACCGAAGAAGCAUAAUGAUAAAUCAGCUGCACCUAAAAUUCGAAUAAAGACUGAAAGGAUGUCCGUUACGCCACCAUUUAAAAGUCGAAAGAAAGAUCGUUCAGUGACUCCUCCUAAAGGGUAUAAAUACAAGGAUAGAGAAUCUAGAACCCCUUCUAAAAAAGUAAGGGAAAAGAAGAAAGAUAAUUCAUUGACUCCGCCAAAAAGUUACGCGCGCGGUCGCUCCUCUACUUCCAGGUCGCGAUCGCGGUCUUCAACACCGCGCAUCUCGAAACGCAAGCAUUCCGCGACGCCUGAGAAACGGCGCAGUCGGUCACGUUCCAGUUCAUCCAGUCAGUCCUCUGCGCCGUCUAUGAAAUCAAAGUCCAAAUCAAAACGGCGAGUGAAGAAGUCAAGAUCUAAAAGUCGUUCGAAUCGUCGAUCUGUGAGUCGCUCGAGGAGCAGAUCUAAAUCACGUCGUCGAUCUAGGUCCCGCACGAAAGGAAAACGAUCUGUCAGCCCCAAGAGGGCUAAAUCACGAUCGCACAGCUCGCGUUCCCGCAGUCGCAGCCGCUCGGACUCCGGUAGCGAUGACGAGCGACGCGGCCAGUUCACUGUUGCUGAUAGGAAAUUGUUCUGGAAACUGCACAGAAACAGGCAGGAAGAGCGGGAGAGAGCAAAGAGUCCGGUCAAAGAAGUCAAACCUCCACCAGGGGCUGUGGAAACCAUCACUGCUGAUGACAUAGAAUAUGGAGAUCCCCCCGAAGUGGAAGGCCCCAAUUUUGCGGAACUGCUCCCUAGUGCUGACCAAGUUAUGCAGACUGCUUCUUCAUCUAAAUCCAAAGGGAUACUGCCAAUUAAGAACGAUGGUAGUUUCUUGGAAAUGUUUAAAAAGAUGCAGGAAGCUAACAAGCCUGUUGAAGUGAAAAAGCCAGAGAUCAAAAAGCCCGCUUUGCCCUUCAUUGGGAAAAGGCGAGGUGGCCGCGUCUUGAAGACUGGAAUGGUCAAGAAGGCGAAGGCAAUAGACGAGCAAACUGCUGACAAUGCUCCGAAAGAUGCAUGGUCUCUUUACAUGCAGGAAGUAAAGAAAUACAGAGAAACGUCUUGCGAGGAAGAGCGGAAGACCAGACCUCUGGUCAAAUGAAUAUAACGUUUAUUCAGUAGGAUAAGAUUUUUAUCGUGACUUCUGUAUUAUUGACAUGUUAUUUUUUAUUAUAACCUAUGUUUGUAUCAAUGGCUAGCCUCUUAUUUUAUUUUGUACUGUGGUAACGAAUAAAGGAUUACGGCAAUGAA